AUGUCCGCAACGCCAGCACGCCCUGAUCCUUUUAAGCCGGCCUCACGAGUCGCUGGCCAAAGACAGGAUGUUUGGUCAAUUGUCAACGAAGCCGCUGCGGCUUCGCCCGUUCAGCCCAUUGUGAACAUGGGCCAAGGGUUCUUCGGCUACAACCCCCCGAAGUUCGCCCUAGAUGCUGCAAAGGACGCCCUGGACCGGGUGGAAUGCAACCAAUACUCCCCGACAAAGGGUCGCCCACGCCUCAAGAAAGCCAUUGCCGACGCAUACUCUCCUUCCUUCGGCCGGACGAUCAAUCCCGAAACCGAAGUCUCAAUCACCACAGGAGCAAACGAAGGUAUGCUGAGUGCAUUUAUGGGAUUCAUUGAACCCGGGGAUGAAGUGAUUAUCUUCGAGCCCUUCUUUGACCAGUACAUCAGCAACAUUGAGAUGCCCGGCGGCAAGAUUCGAUAUGUCCCGCUUCAACCUCCUAAGGAUGGCACUACUAGAACAUCCCCUGCUUCGGAGUGGACGAUUGAUUAUGACGAGCUGGAGAAGGCAAUCAAUCCUAAGACCAAGAUGAUUGUCCUCAACUCGCCUCACAACCCCGUUGGCAAGGUUUUCUCUCGCUCCGAGCUCGAGCGUAUCGGCGAGCUUGCUGUGAAGCACAACCUCAUUAUUCUUUCGGAUGAGGUCUAUGAUCGUCUCUACUAUGUUCCAUUCACCAGAAUUGCCACUUUGUCUCCAGAGAUCUAUGAGCGUACCCUUACCGUUGGCUCCGCUGGUAAGGCCUUCUAUGCCACCGGCUGGCGCGUUGGAUAUCUCGUUGGACCCGAGCACUUGAUCAAGUACGUAGCUGCUGCACACACUCGAAUCUGCUACAGCAGUGUGUCACCCCUCCAAGAGGCGGCAGCUGUUGCCUUUGAACAAGCCGACAAGGUGGGAUUCUGGGACGAAAGCCGAACCGAGAUGAGACAGAAGAUGGAUCGCUUCUGCGAAAUUUUCAAAGAACUUGGCAUCCCAUACUCCGACCCCGAAGGUGGUUACUUCGUUCUUGCCAACAUGGCAUCAGUCAAGCUUCCGGAGGACUACCCGUUCCCCCCUCAUGUUGCUAACCGCCCUCGGGAUUUCAAGCUUUGCUGGUUCCUCAUCCAUGAGGUUGGAGUGGCUGCAAUUCCUCCUACUGAGUUCUACACCGAUGCCAACGCCCACAUUGCCGAAGACUAUCUUCGUUUCGCCGUGUGCAAGAAUGACGAUAUCCUCGAAACUGCCAAGGAGAGGCUCCGUGGCUUGAAGAAGUACAUCACACAAUAA